AAAAAAUUCAGACUAGUUUCGACUUGAUUCUGUGGUAUCGUUGAGAUUCGGUUCUUCGUUAGAAGCCGUUGAAGGGACUGAUGAUGACUUCUUCUGGACUUGUUUCCACAUAUUCAUUUCUCAGCGAUGCAGCUGGAAUCGCCGGGAAUUUGUUUGCUUUUGUGUUGUUUCUCUCACCUAUACCCACAUUUAGCAGAAUUAUGAGAAACCAAUCAAUAGAAGAGUUCUCGGGGUUGCCGUACAUUUAUGGUCUAUUGAACUGCUUGAUCUGCCUCUGGUAUGGCAUGCCCAUUGUAUCACCUGGUAUUAUAUUGGUUGCGACGGUCAAUUCCAUCGGGGCUGUUUUCCAGUUAACCUACAUAAUCAUCUUUAUUUUAUAUGCUGAGAAAAAAAAGAAGGUGAAGAUGCUGGGAUUAUUGCUGGCAGUUUUAGGCGUAUUUGCACUAAUUGUAUAUAUGAGCUUGAGUUUACUUCAUUCUCCUAUGCGGCAGCUAUUUGUUGGAUACUUGAGUGUUGCUUCUCUCAUAUCCAUGUUUGCUUCCCCGUUGUUUAUAGUUAAUUUGGUGAUCCGAACGAAGAGUGUAGAGUUCAUGCCAUUUUAUCUUUCGCUUUCGACCUUCUUGAUGAGCAUCUCUUUCUUUGCCUACGGAAUGUUUAAGUGUGAUCCUUUCAUUUAUGUGCCAAAUGGGAUUGGAUCCAUUCUGGGGGUAGUACAAUUAGUUUUGUACUGCUAUUACAGCAAAACGUCCAGAGAAGACUCAAGAGAACCCUUGAUAACACCGUUUGCAUGAAAUGAGUUUUUCCCAAAUAGAGGGAAAGCUGCUCAGAUGCUCAGAGUUCCAUCUGAUUCUUCAUAGUCCAUUGCAUGCAUCACUGGAAAUUCCUAAGGGGAAGUUGUCUGAUUUCCUGUCUAGUCUGAGAUUGAAAUCCCCACUUACAUUAAGGGUUUGUUCAUGUUUGUAUUCAGAGAGAUUAUAAUGCCAAUAGACUAUAAGUUCCACUGACAUUUUCUUAGUGUGUAACUGUAAAAGUUAUUUUGUGUUGCUGUCUUAAAAGUUUCUCUCCGACCUGAUCCUUUUUAUUGAUGAGGAUGUUUGGCACUUGUUAACCCCUGAUUGUAAAUUUGUGUUUGCUUAUUAUUGAUAUUUUCUUCUU